AUGCCAUUGGUCAGAAACGACGAAAUUAGAAUCUCCUUGCCUUGGACUCUCAAGAAGAAAUCUCCCCAAAAAAAAUUACACAGAAAACCAAAUGCAGCAGUCGAAUGUAAGAAGCCAUCAGACGUUGAUGAAGAAACACUGAUCUCAUACGACAAUGCUAUAUCUGUUGAUACACCCACUUCUAAGACGGAUCAUUUCAUUCCCACACAAGUUUCUACAACGGCUGACAAAGAAACAGUUCCCUCCAAUGAAAUUGCGGAAGAACUUCGCAAUUCACCGAGUGCCCCAAUAUCGAACCUGAUCGAAAGUAAUACCGAAGUGAUGCCUGUUAAAGUUGAAAAUAUUGUGGCAACAUCCUCGAACAAGACUGAAGAAAUGAAGAAUAAGCCUGUGAAGGUCCAGACGUGUGAUGUGAAAAAAAAUGGAGUCAAAUCAGAUGUUAAUGAACCUGUAAACGUAUGGGCGAAGAAAUCAUGGACGAGUCUCUUCAAGAAAGAGGAACCCACGACAAAUGGAGAGUUAGUGACUGAACGCAGUGAUGAGAAAGUUAAAUCGUUGGACACUGUUGAAAAAAGCAGAACUAUUGAUCCAGCCACUCACAGACUAGCAGAAUUUCUAUCGAACUUCGAAAUUGAUGGAAAAAGUGCUAAUCUACAACCAAGAGGCUUAAUCAAUAGGAGCAAUUAUUGCUACAUCAAUUCGAUUUUACAAGCUUUGCUGGCCUGCCCACCUUUAUGCAAUCUGCUGAUAGGACUUUCGAAGAAUUUGACGGAGAAUGGACACGGCCUACCACCCAUCAUAAAGAACAUGUGCAAAUUCAUCAAUAAUUUCGAGAAGCUGCCCGAUUCCUACCUAAACCGUAUAUCGAAAAGGAACAAGAAGAAACAGGGGAGUUUCGACUUCUCCUGCGGCGACUCGAUCGAAGCUUCUUCGAUCUACACCAUCCUGAAUGAUACCAGAAGCGACUCGUUUCUUGUCGAGGGACGUCAAGAGGACGCUGAGGAAUUUUUGGGUCUACUGCUGAACGGACUGAAGGACGAAAUGAUGAAUAUAAUCGAAUCCUGCAAAACUGAGAACAAAAUAGAAAUGAAUCACGACUCCGAAGACUGGAAACAAAUGGGACCAAAGAACAAGCGUAACAUCACGAGAAAGGUUCAAUUCGACAAAACUCCAAUCAGCGACAUAUUCGGCGGACUCUUGUGCUCAAAGAUCCACAAAACGGGAGAUGAAUCCACAGAAAACAUACAGCCGUUCCUGACUCUUCAGCUGAACAUCAGGACGGCCAAAACCAUCACGGAAGCCCUGGAACAGCUGACGAUAAAGAAUCAACUUGAAGGAAUAACUUCGGCCAAGACGAAUCAAAAGGUGGAAGCGUGGCAGCAGGUGCUGAUCGAGAAACUGCCGGCUGUUCUUGUCCUCCAUCUGCAAUGUUUCCGUUACAAUGGGAACGGUUGCACGAAGAUUAUGAAGAAGGUGGAGUUCCCCAUCGACCUCCAGGUUGAUUCCAAGAUCCUGUCGGGAAAACCUAGCAGUUCUUCAGAGAAACAGUACAAGCUUUUCGCUGUCGUUUACCAUGAAGGUAAAGAGGCCAGCAAGGGACACUAUGUGGCGGACGCGUUCCAUUCUGGACAUCAUACUUGGUUGAGGUUUGACGAUGCAAAAGUGAGGUCAGUGUCAGUGGAAAGUGUUUUGAAACCGCAUGGAGACAGAGUUCCUUAUCUUUUAUUUUAUAAAAGAGGUGAUAUAGUUUAAGGUGUAUAAAUUGAACUAUAGAAUAAUAAAUUUGUACAUAUUAGC